AAUUUGGAAACCAUAAUAUUUUUGUUGUGCCGUAGAAAAAUCAUCAAUAAACCGCGAGUGUUUUUUUCGCAUUCCGGGACAGCAAAGAUCAUUUUCAGUAAAAAAUUGAUGAAAUGGCAUUAGUGCGAUCCUUUCAAAUUCUAGUUCCCAAGCUUCCGAGCAUUCCAUUUUUUUGCGGAAAUCUUAUGAAUUCGUUAUCUGAGGCUACGGCAGGCGGCGCAUGGGGGCUGUUGUCGUCUCGAACGGUGAUCCGGAAUCACUUUCCUCGUGCUCGUGAAACUAAACGCAUACGCGUGCAUGGUUGGUUAAAACGGAUGGCUACACCUGGUGGGCGAAGGGUUCUGAUGAGAAGAAUACUGAAAGGAAGGCAUGUGUUGUCUCAUUAAUAGAGCUGCAUUUGAUUAGUUUGUAGAGAGCACAAGAAAUGUUGAUAUAAUGGAAUAAAACACUUCACUCAAUAACUAGAGAGUUUAG